AUGAGUUCAGAUAUCGAUACCUCCAUCAUCCCCGGAACCGUUACACUCGUUGAUGUCAACCAUGUCCUCCUGCACACCCGCCAUCUGGACCACGGCGAUCGCGACAUUGUUCUCAUUCCCACCCCGUCGCAAGACCCUGAUGACCCGUUGAACUGGAGUCCCAAGCGAAAGUUGCUGUCGACCGUCUGCGUAAGCGUUCCAUAUGCCAGCACCAACGCGCAAUGGAUCGCCCGAAGUAACAUCAUGGGUUUCUUUCUUGCCCCCAUUGAAGCCCUUCCUGAAGUCACCGUGACGGACGUGUACUUUACCCACGAACGCGGCUCAUACAUGGGCCUCUACGCCUUCUUCCUGGCCGGCAGCAACUUCUUUGCCCCCGUCAUCUGCGGCUUUAUCGCCGAGCACCAAGGUUGGCGGUGGGUCUUUUACUGGCCGAGUAUCUUUCUCGCCUGUGCAAUGAUCUUCCUGUUCUUUUCAAUGGAAGAGACAAACUACGUGCGUCAACAUGUUGAGAAUACCGCCCUUCAUGCUGGUGCCACCGACUCCGCUGGCGUAGAGAAAUCGAUAGACGAUAACGUUCCUCCGAAAUCUCAUGGACUUUCAGAUGCCGAAAAGGGACUGCCGAUGUUGAAUGAGUCGGUCUCGUCGUCUGGUGUUAGCGCUGGAGAUCAUGCGGAAGGAGAGGUGUUUAGGAAAAAGACUUAUGUGCAGAAACUCUCGCUGUGGGGGCCCAAGCAGAGCCAGAAUACCAUGUUGCGACGGGUUUGGCAGACUUUGUAUUAUCUGUCGUGGCCGGUGAUUUUUUUUGCUGGUUUCUCUUAUGGGUCGUACCUCGUUCUCUUCAACAUUCUCAACGGCACUGCUUCGAUUAUUCUUGGCUCCGCGCCGUAUAACUUUAGUUCCUCCAUGGUCGGCGUGAGUUACAUUGCCUGCUGUCUCGGCGUGACCAUUGGCUCCCUCUUCACCGGCCGCUUCAGCGACUGGCUCACCGUCAAACUCGCCCGUCGCAACAACGGCAUCAUGGAAGCCGAGCACCGUCUCUGGCCCUAUCUCGCCUGCCUGGUGCUCGUUCCGGGAUCUCUGCUACUGUGGGGCGUGGGCGCCGCCCACGAGAUCCACUGGUUCGGACUGAUCGUGGCCAUGGCGAUGCUCGCCUGCACCAAUACCUGCGGCGUCACCCUGAGCGUCAACUAUCUUGUCGAUAGUUAUGGGGAAGUAAGCGGGAUCGCCAUGGCCAGUGUGAUUCUGGUGCGAAAUACCAUGUCUUUUGUGAUUGGAUAUGGGAUUACCCCAUGGAUCCAGAAUAUGGGGUAUCAGAAUUGUUUCAUCUCGGCGGCCUUUGUAGGCAUGGCUUGCGCGUCCGUGUUUUUGGUGAUGAUUCGCUAUGGCAAGUCGUGCCGCAUCCGCAGCCGGGAGAAAUACUGGCAGAUUGUGCGGGAGAAUCGGGAAAAGGGAAUGCAUUGA